AUGAUUGAUUUAAGCUUCCUGACAGAGGAGGAACAAGAGGCCAUUAUGAAGGUUCUGCAGCGGGAUGCUGCCCUGAAGAGGACUGAAGAGGAGAGAGUCAGGCAUUUGCCUGAAAAAAUUAAGGAUGACCAGCAGCUGAAGAAUAUGAGUGGCCAAUGGUUUUAUGAAGCCAAGGCAAAAAGGCACAGAGAUAAAAUCCAUGGUGCCGAUAUUAUCAGAGCAUCCAUGAGAAAGAAGAGGCUCCAAGUGGCAACGGAGCAGAGUAAGGACAGAGCAACUGAGGCAAAGGAAAGCUGGGUGAAUAAUGUCAACAAAGAUGCUUUCCCUCCCCCAGAGCUAGCUGGUGCUGUAGAAGAGCCAAAAGAAGAUGGAGCACCACCAAGCCCAAGUCCCAGUGUGGUGAAUCCAGCUUCUACUGUAAUUGAUAUGACCCAGGAGAACACAAAGAAAUCAACUGGAUCUCCAGCUAAGCAAAGGAAGAAUCCAUUUAAUAGCCCUAAGUUGCCAGAAGAUCACUUAUCACCACAAACCCAAAAUGAGCAGUCAAAAAAUGGAAGAGCUGGUUUAUUUCAGAUUUCAAAAGAGGGUGAAUUGACAGAGUCAAAAGAAAAGUCAUCUAUCUCUGAUAUUUCAAGCCAAAAAUUAGAUAAAUCAAAGCAGACGGUGCUAGCUGGGCCUGUGAAUGGGUCCCAAAUCAAGGCUCCAGUCCCCAAAGCCAGAAAAUUUAUCUACAAAUCAGAUGGUUUAAAACAAGAUGAUAAACAGUCUUUUCCUAGACAAAGGUCAGACUCUAUGAGUGCAAGAGGGGCUCCAAGAGGGAUCCUCAAGCGUAACUCCAGUUCCAGUAGUACAGACUCGGAAACUCUUCGUUUAAGUUACAACUUUGAACCCAAAAGCAAAAUCGUGUCAUCUGGCCUAACCAUCCAUGAGAGAAUUUCUGAGAAGGAGCAUUCUUUAGAAGAUGACUCUUUCUCAAACUCAUUGGAGCCAUUAAAGCAUGUGAGAUUCUCUGCAGUGAAAGAUGAACUUCCUCAGAGUCCUGGGCUAAUUCAUGGCCGGGAAGUGGGAGAAUUUAGUGUUUUAGAAUCUGACAGGUCAAAGAAUGGAACAGAAGAUGCAGGAGACUCAGAAUUUCAGGAUGACCCGAAGCCCUCCCAGUACAGAAAGCCUUUUCUUCCUCAUCAGUCCGCCUCAAGCCCAAGUGGAUCAAAAAAUGAAGCAUAUCAGCCAACGAUUUCUGGUUCUGUUCCAAAUAAUGGGCCCCAUUCACCCUUGGAAGUUCUAACUGCAAGACCACAGACCAUUGAGAACUUGCCCACCACCAAUAAGCACCAAGCUAAAGCGUCAGAAUUAACAAGGCUUGAAUCAGAAUUGUCCCCAAAUCCUGCUGAUGAACUGUCUCAUUGUGUUGAACCUGAACCAUCUCAGGUGCCAGAUUGCAGUUCUAGAGACCAUCAGCAAGGUAAGCUCCCUCUUCUUGCGACUCUGAAAGCUAAGACAUCCUUACGCUCUGGUCCAUAUGCCACUGAGAUCAAGAAGACAACUGACGAUUCCAUAACUAAAGUCCUAGACUGGUUUAACCGAAGUUCUAAUUCAGACGACAGUAAGUCAUCCUUCCAACAUCCCAGAGGAAUAGAACCCAAGGGUAAAACAGACUCAAAGUCGCAGGUUGCUAUUGCCAUGGUGACAGAUGACACCAGUCUAAAAGAAAAUGAUUUAAAGGCACUAUCAUUCACUAAAGUUAAAUUGAAGCCUGUGAAAUUUGAUUCAACAUUCCAGGAAGACGGAGAUAUGUUGGUUUCUGAACAUUUCCAAGAUAAUGCUAUAAAUAUCAGACCCAAAUCUAUGAAUUUGUCCCAACAAGAUACCCCGAAGGAAGGUCCAGUUAUACCACAGCCAUUUGCAAGUUAUGGUACCUCAAGUCAAGGGAGUAAAAAUGUGGACAAUAGCCAAAGAUCAAAAAGCACAGAAGAAGGAAAUGGGGUACCUCUCCCAACCAAUAACUGCCCCUACAGUGUUCUGAAAGACUCCAAUGCAGAAGUCCAAGUUUCAUGUAACACUAAGAAUAUUGGCAGUUUAGGUAAAGAAGAACUGAAGCUUCAUGUUCAUGAAAAAUAUACAGGAAACUCCAAAGUAGAUUUUGACUCUUCAGCAAUUGUCCAGGAACCAAAUUUGAAAGAUGAUGUGAAAGCAGAGAGAAGGAGCAAAGAAGGAAAUACUUCUAUCCUGAAAGCUUCCUUAGAGACAGAGAAUAGGGAGUUGCUACCUGGGAUUGCCAACAGUAGAGCUCCUUCCAAAAAGCCUGAGGUUCACUUACAGCAAGAAGCUGAUGAGGUUCCCAAGAACCAAGUGCUAAGAGAGAAAUACAAAAGAGUGAGUGACAGAAUAUCCUUUUGGGAAGGAGAGAAAGCUGCUGCUGAGUUAACUUAUGAAGAACCCACAUCUUCAUGUAGCCAGGAACAAUCCACUGCUAAAGCAAACCAGCCUGUGAGACCACAGGAUAUAUUCAUAGACAGUUUAUCUACAGACCAGAGUGAAUAUGGUCAGUUCACUGCAAAACGAGUAGUCUUUGAUGAGGAUGAUCAAGCAUCCCAUCUCUCCAGUUUUCAUUCCUCAAAUAAGCCUAAAGAGACCAGUCCCCAAAUAUCAGGUCUGUUGAAACACCAUCCUUCAGCUGACCAAUCAAAUAAAAUGUCACUGUUUCAGAAUAAGACAAACAAGCAUAUAAAAAGUCUGCUAGAGGAAGACGGUUUGCAUUCUAGAAGAGACAUUACUUUACCAGCAUUGCAACAUCCCUCAAAUAUUGGGAAUGAAAUACACACUUCUUUGGAGAAAGACAGAUUUCCAAUUGGUGAAUCAAAUGCCAACUUUAAAAUUAUGUCCCUUAAAGAACGAAUGGAUGAACCCAAUACAGAACAGGUUUAUAAUCAUUCUCAGUUUGAGAAUUUGAGAAAGUUUUGGGACUUAGGAGCUAAUCCAAACAAUAAGAAUAAUUCUGAGAAGAGUUCUAUAAUAAGCCAAAAAAAUUCUGUGUCUUUAACUAGCCAGAAAUGCAAGGAAUUCAGUGACAUUAAAUCAUCAGGAAGAAAUACCCACCAAAUAGAGGUGCUCUCUGUUAUGCCAAGAGGGGAAAUGGAGAAAUUAAAUUCAAAAUGCAUACUCCAGGUGCUACCAAAUGAAGCCACAUUUCCAUCGAGGCCACCUGGAAAGUCAAUUCAUCAUUCGGCAGAAAAUGAGUCAUCAAAGGAAAAUAAUAUGAAAUGCUUUGGUACUCCAGUAUUUAAGGAAGCAAAGGAUUACUUAGAUCAAGAGAUUCAGGAAUCCACAGUGAAAGAACAUGUUUUAUCUAAAGACUGCAGAGACACUUUUAGUGACAGUGUACAGAAGUUGGUUUCAGAAGGUUCAUCACCAGCAAUUCAACCUUCUGGUAGAGAAGCUCAUGGAAAACAAAUACUCAAACCAGGUAUUUCUGAAGAUGGGAACUGGCUUCAAAAUACAGAUUUUGCUGAUGAUGAGAAAGAAACCAAAGGACCUAAAGAGAUCAUUGAUGAGCAUGUAGAUAAAACAGUGAUGCCUCCAAAGGUCAAACAAAACACUUUGGCUGCUAGUCUAGACAAACUCCUGAAGGAAGCAACUGGAAUAUCACACUCACCCUUGCAAACCAAGUUAGAACCCCUUACCACUGGAACUGACCUUCAGCUUGAAGAGGAUAGAUCUUUUGAAAAGGGGAUAAAACUGAAAGGCUGUCAGAGAGAGAUAAUAGCUCCUUCAUCAGAGGGCUUUGAAACUUUGGCAAAUACAGCUCUCAUCCAGAAAGCUGAAAGUGGCGAAUUUCAGUUCAACACAGAUAACUUGCUUCAGAUGGGUGCAGAAAGUUCUCCUCCGUUGCAUCAGCCUUCCCAUCUUCACAGAAAGGGUUCUUUUGAGGAUGUGGCCAACUCUCCACAAGACAUGCCUUUUUCCUGGGAUGCUCAUUUUGCUCCUCAGGAUAGAGCAUUGCUUUCUCAAAGGGAAAUUUCAGAGACUGUGGAGAGAGUCAUUCUUCCAUCUAAACCUGCAUUGAAUGAUGUAAAUGCUGUAUUAAAGAAGCUACUUAGAGAAGCUUGGCUGGGUAAUUCUGCAAGGGAAGUAGGUUCUGAAGAAGUGAAAGCAGAAUUUCCUGAAGGAGUACAGGCAGCGGGCAGCCCCCCAAAUUCCCUGGGUGCAAUCCCACUGUGGGCUACCAUGGACACCAUCAUUCCAGAAACGAAAGAUUUUUAUUCCUUCACUGUAGUUCCUGAUAAAACUCAUGAAGUUGGAUCUCAUUUGACCACUCAGAUAUCUGAACAGCUAUCUGAGUCGGAACAGCUCCGUAGCUCAUCUGUUUCUACUCUGGCACAAUAUGACAAAGACUUACCUCAGGAAGUGGCAGAAAUUGUGAGAGAAACAAUUAUUAAACCCAAAUCAGAGUUCCUUGAAUUCACUGCUGGCUUAGAAAAGCUCCACAAGGAAACACUAGAAACCUCCCCUUCAAGAUAUGAAAAGGAUACAGGGACACACACUCCAGCAGACUUACUAGGUAGUACUGAGGCACCCAGGCAAGCUGCUUCCAAAUUCCAUCCCAAGGAAAUAGAAGAAAUUGUUGUAAAGGCUGAGGUUCCAUCAAUAACUGAGAGUGCUUUUGAUAUUGGGUUUGAGAAACUUCUUAAAGAAAUAUCUGAAGCUCCACCUCAUUGGCUCCAGGUAUCAGUAAAGGAAGAAAUUCCUGAGGAGGAGCCCUCACAGUCAGAGAAGUCUGGGUUCUGGGCAGAACCAAGAGCCUCUGAAAUGAAGGGUAGAAGCAAUGGUUUGGAAUCUCAAGUCAAACAAAUUGUUAAAGUAUUGGGAGGAGAUGAAGUUGUGAGUGAUUCAUCAGUUCUUUGUGGUUCUGCAAGUGGGGUUGAGAUCCCUGGAACCCCACCACUUUAUGUGGACCAUGAAAUAGAGACCAUUAGAACAAUAAGCUCCCCAGAGGACAGGGACAACAAAAGUGAUGUUGCAGGGGAACUAGGGACUUUUCAGGAACCUGGCUUUGAGGAGGCUCCUAAAGAAAGUGUAUCUAAAAGUGAGCAACCUGUUUCUCUCUUGACAAAGAAAGAAAACCCUACAAAAAUAAGUAAAGUUGAAUUGAAGCUAACAUCACCAUAUAAGAGACAAGUCAAGAAGCAAGAAAAAGAAGGUUUCUCUGACUCUGAUUUUUCAGAUGGAAACACGGGUUCUAAUGCCGAAAGCUGGAGAAAUACUUCUAGUUCAGAAGAAGAACCCAGUCCUGUUUUGAAAGCUUUGGAAAGGAGUGCUGCUAGGAAAAUGCCUUCCAAAAGUCUAGAAGACAUUUCAUCAGAUUUAUCAAAUCAAGCAAAAGUAGAUAAUCUGCCAGAAGAACUAGUACGUAGUGCUGAAGAUGUUUCCACAGUGCCUUCACAACCAGAUAAUCUGUUUUCCCACCCUGACAAAUUCAAAAGGAUGAGCAAGUCUGUUCCAGCAUUUCUCCAAGAUGAGAGUGAUGACAGAGAAACAGAUACAGCAUCAGAAAGCAGUUACCAGCUCAGCAGACACAAGAAGAGCCCGAGCUCUUUAACCAAUCUUAGCAGCUCCUCUGGCAUGACGUCCUUGUCUUCUGUGAGUGGCAGUGUGAUGAGUGUUUACAGUGGAGACUUUGGCAAUCUGGAAGUGAAAGGAAACAUUCAGUUUGCAAUUGACUAUGUGGAUUCACUGAAAGAGCUGCAUGUUUUUGUGGCCCAGUGUAAGGACUUAGCAGCAGCAGACGUAAAAAAACAACGUUCAGACCCAUAUGUAAAGACUUAUUUGUUACCAGACAAAGGCAAAAUGGGCAAGAAGAAAACAGUGGUGGUGAAGAAAACCUUGAAUCCUGUGUACAACGAGAUACUGCGGUAUAAAGUUGAAAAGCAAAUCUUAAAGACACAGAAGCUGAACCUGUCCGUUUGGCAUCGGGAUACCUUUAAGCGCAAUAGUUUCCUGGGGGAGGUGGAACUUGAUUUGGAAGCAUGGGACUGGGACAACAAACAGAACAAGCAAUUGCGGUGGUACCCGCUGAAGCGGAAGACAGCACCAGUUGCCCUUGAAGCAGAAAACAGAGGUGAAAUGAAGCUAGCUCUCCAGUAUGUUCCAGAGCCAACCCCUGGUAAAAAGCUUCCUACAACUGGCGAAGUGCACAUCUGGGUGAAGGAAUGCCUUGAUCUGCCACCACUAAGGGGAAGUCAUCUAAAUUCUUUUGUUAAAUGUACCAUCCUUCCAGACACAAGUAGAAAAAGUCGCCAGAAGACAAGAGCUGUAGGGAAAACCACCAAUCCCAUCUUCAACCAUACCAUGGUAUACGAUGGGUUCAGGCCUGAAGAUCUGAUGGAAGCCUGUGUAGAGCUCACUGUCUGGGACCAUUACAAAUUAACCAACCAGUUUUUGGGAGGUCUUCGGAUUGGCUUUGGAACAGGUAAAAGCUAUGGGACUGAAGUGGAUUGGAUGGAUUCUACUUCAGAGGAGGUUGCUCUCUGGGAGAAGAUGGUGAAUUCCCCCAACACUUGGAUUGAAGCAACACUGCCCCUCAGAAUGCUUUUGAUUGCCAAGAUUUCCAAAUAAGCCCAGAGCCUACUGCUCCUCCGCUGAUAACUACUACAGAGGUCAAAUUGGAUCUUGAAAAUCUGACUACAUGGACAAAGAUUCUUGCUUCCUUCUGUUGCCACCAAUAAAGACUACACAGCAUGUUGAAGUCAUCUGCAUGUGUUUCUUGGAUUACAAGGGCCCAAGGGACUUAAAUACUGACAAGAUAUGUGACUUACUUGUAACUCCAACAUUAAAGGAGAUACCUGAGCAAAUUAGAAAAAUUGAACUGUUGCUGCUGCUUCAAAGAUUUUUCUGCCAAAAAUUAUUUCAUUAGGAGUAUUUUUAACCAACAGAGUGUUCUGGUUUCACACCACAUUUGUGUUAUGGUUAAACCAGCCACUUGAUUAUCCCAAACCCCUGCAAGUACUGGUACUUGUAAAUAGGUAGAUUGUAGAAAAAAGUAACAAAAAUACUCCUGGGGUAGCCUUGGAGAGGAGCACCAUCGGUGAUGACAAAGAAUUAUACAAUAAGAUAACUAUUUACCCUGUAAUCUCUAAUAAUCUGGAAUUCCAUGUUAGGGCAAUAAGAGGAACAUGACUGAGCACAUUUCUACCUUGAGAAACUGCUUUUUCUUUCCCCCAGUCUCAAGUGUACUUUGGUGCCACCCACUGGCCAUAAGUGGAAUUCAGCUCUUGGUUUAUUUUGGCUUAAUUUGAAAGUAGGUCUCAAGUCUGUAUUUUUAAUAGAAUAUGUUUUUAAAAACUUUUCCUAUAUAUGAUUGUUUUUCCCAUAACUUUAUUAUAUUAAAGCAGUAUAAUGGUAGCCACAGAUGUGCUUUGCAACAAAGUUUUAAUUAGAAUAUAAAUUGUUAAAUUUUA